GGAUUGCCAUGAGGAGGGACAGGUGUGUAAAAAGGAAUUUUUGUCCAGCGUAAUUGUGUUGAGCAUUUGUGGGGGGCUUCUAGUAUCAGGAAGGAGCACCUGUUUGACAUUGAGUGGUGGCCUAGGUAGCAAAGAUAAAGGGCAGUGGUGUAGGUUUUGUGGGCUCAAGUGAAGGAAGGGCUUUGUGUUUAUCCCUAUUCUUGAAUAAAUCAAGGCUAGAUUCUCGACAAUGUGGACACGGAAACACUUUUUUUUGGAUAAAGAUUUUAUUUAUUCAUUUGGCAGAGAGAGAGAGAGAGCGCACAAGCUGGGGAGGAGAGGGAGAAACAGGUUCCCCACUGAGCUGGGAGCCCGAUGCGGGGCUCAAUCCCAGGACCCUGGGAUCAUGACCUGAGCUGAAGGCAAACGCUUAACCCACCGAGCCACCCAGGUGCCCAAACACCGAAACACUUUUUUUUUUUUUUUAAUAUUUAUUUAUUUGACAGAGAUAGAGCUCAAGUAGGCAGAGUAGCAGGCAGAGGGAGAGAGAGAAGCAGACGCUCCACUGAGCAGGGAGCCCAACGCGGGGCUCGAUCCCAGGACCCUGGGAUCAUGACCCAAGCUGAAGGCAGACGCCCAGCCGACUGAGCCACCCAGGUGCCCCUUGAAACACCUUUUAAGUAACAGUGAGGAAUUCAGCAUGAGGAGCGCAGGGAGAAAGUGAGCCUUUGUAUGUUUAAGGCAUAAAAGAAAGAUUCUUUAGGAGCCUGAGCGUCCUUAGGACUCAGGAUGGACAUACGUAUGAAAGUUGCACUCAUGAUACAGAGUAUUUUGGUGAUCUACUUGCUGAGGAUGUAUUGCUUAAAUUAGAAGAUGGACCAAGACUAACAAGGUGAGAUAGUGGGCCUAAAUCUGAACGUCUGGGAAAGCUCAAGCACACAGGUUCAGGUAGGGAGAUUGCCUUAGUAAGCUGCUUGUGUUUAGGAAACAACAGUAGCAACAUAAAAGGGUGACAGCCAGAAACACCUCCAGUGGAGACUGUUAUGAACCACCAGCAUCAUGCGUUUGCCAGAAAAACCAAGUCCUAUUAGGCUGUGUUAAUAAAAGUAUGGUAUCUGGAAGGAAGGAAGCUAGAGUCCAGACAGACCAUUGUUGGCACCCCAUGGUCAUUUGUGGUCACCAGUGUAAAGGAGCUCAGUGACAGCCUAAGGUAGCCAGUGGGAGGGCAGCUGCAGAGGCAGAACCAAAGGAACUGGGGUUAUUUAGCUGAGAAAUAAAAGCACUUGCUGACAAAUGUAGUUUUUCAAAACUGGCUUGGGCUGCCUUUUGACAGGUAGUGAGUUCCUUAUCCUUGGAAGUGUUUAAGCAAGGAUCUGGGUGCCUAGGGAGGACUCCUACACAAGGCAGAGGGUCAUCCUUCCCGCCUCCUCCCACUGGAUGAUCCCGAUUUUCCUCCACCUGCUCACCACUUGCCCGCCUCCCAGUCUCUGAUUGUGACCUGGGGCAGCUGCAGAAGGGGGCAAAGAGGAGCCUCUAGGUUCAAGACCCUCUAGUGCCCCCUGGCCAGGGGUGGAUCCACUGACCCGCACACCCAGGACCAGUGUGCAGACCUGCUGCUGGCAGGCGGAGAGCCAGCCUAGAACUGCCCAGCAACGAAAUGACCCAGCGUCCCACCUUCUCGGGACAACGCUGGCAACUCCGGCUCCACCGAGACCAGCAAUUCCCCGGGCGCACAGCCUCCAGCACCAGCCUUGCUCCGGCAGUCUCCUUCCUCCCCCGGCCUCAGUCUGACGCCCACACCCCUUCGCAGGAAGCCGACUCCCAAACCCGGGCAGGGGGCGUGGGCCGAGGCUGAAACCCCGCCCCCAGGGGUCCCUGAUCUUUGCCCCCGCCCCGGGCUCCGCGCCUCCCCAAGAGGCCACCGGCCGGCGGGCGGCGCUACCUUUUGUGUGUUUCGCUCCGAGGUGCCAGAGACCCCCCCCAGCCGUCCGCCGCGUCUCCUCGCGGCCCCCGGCCCCUCCUCUCGGAGUCCCCAGCCCCCCUGCUCCGCUCCGCGUGCCAGCUCGGGGCUCGCUGGUUCGCUCCCCGCGGCGCCAGGAGGAGGGGCGAGGGCCGGCAGCCCCCUCCCCCGCGCGCCGCGCCAGAGCCCAGCCAAGCCGGGGGGACCCGCCGCCGCCGGUCAUGUGGGCCGGACUGCUCCUCCGGGCCGCCUGCGUCGCGCUCCUCCUGCCGGGGGCCCCGGCCCGCGGCUACACCGGGAGGAAGCCGCCCGGGCAUUUCGCGGCCGAGAGACGCCGGCUGGGCCCCCACGUCUGCCUCUCGGGCUUCGGGAGUGGCUGCUGCCCUGGCUGGGCCCCCUCCGUGGGCAGCGGGCACUGCACCCUGCCCCUCUGCUCCUUUGGCUGUGGGAGUGGCAUCUGCAUUGCUCCCAACGUCUGCUCCUGCCAGGAUGGAGAGCAAGGAGCCACCUGCCCAGAAGCCCACGGACCCUGUGGAGAGUACGGCUGUGACCUUACCUGUAAUCAUGGCGGCUGUCAGGAGGUGGCCCGAGUGUGCCCUGUGGGCUUCUCCAUGACAGAGACGGCUGUCGGCAUCAGGUGUACUGACAUCGAUGAAUGCCUAAGCGCCUCCUGCGAGGGCCAGUGCGUGAACACGGAAGGCGGGUUUGUGUGUGAGUGUGGGCCGGGCAUGCAGCUGGCUGCCGACCGCCACAGCUGCCAAGACACUGACGAAUGCCUCGGGACCCCCUGUCAGCAGAGAUGCAAAAACAGCAUAGGCAGCUACCGGUGUUCCUGUAGACCCGGCUUCCAUCUCCAUGGCAACCGGCACUCCUGUGUAGAUGUAAACGAGUGUCGGAGGCCGCUGGAGAGGCGAGUCUGUCACCACUCCUGCCAUAACACCGUGGGCAGCUUCCUGUGCACCUGCCGACCUGGCUUCAGGCUCCGAGCUGAUCGCGUGUCCUGUGAAGCUUUCCCGAAAGCCGUGCUGGCCCCAUCGGCCAUCCUGCAGCCCCUGCAGCACCCGUCCAAGAUGCUUCUGCUGCCCCCAGAGGCGGGCCGGCCUGCCCUCUCCCCCGGACACAGCCCUCCUUCCAGGGCUCCGGGGCCCCCACCUGGGGUCAGGACCACGAGCCUGCUGUCUCCCACCCCUGUGCCACCCACAUCCUUGCCCUCCGCCCCAACUCGGCUGCUGGCCACCCUGGUGGCCACCCCCGUGCCUGGUGCCUCCCUCUUGGGGACCCUCGGACCUCCCUCACGACUACAGGAGGUGACCCCGCCCUUGCCCAAGGGCCCAGCAGCCACACAGAUGGCACCGGGGUUCUCUGCCUGCUGGCACCUGGGAGCCAUGUAUGAAUCAGGGAGCCGCUGGACAGAGCCUGGGUGUUCCCAGUGCUGGUGUCAGAACGGGGAGGUGACCUGUGAAAAGGUGACGUGUGAAGCUGCUUGUUCUCACCCGAUUCCCUCCAAAGAUGGGGGGUGCUGCCCAUCGUGUACAGGCUGUUUUGACAGUGGCGUCAUCCGAGCUGAAGGGGACGUGUUUUCCCCUCCCAACGAGAACUGCACUGUGUGUGUCUGCCUGGCCGGAAAUGUGUCCUGCAUCUCCCCCGAGUGUCCUCCCGGCCCCUGUCAGACCUCCCUGAAGUCAGAUUGCUGUACUUGUGUUCCAGUGAGAUGCUAUUUCCACGGCCGGUGGUACGCAGACGGGGCUGUGUUCAGUGGGGGUGGUGACGAGUGCACCACCUGUGUCUGCCAGAAUGGGGAGGUAGAAUGUUCCUUCACACCAUGUCCAGACCUGGACUGCCCCCGAGAGGACUGGUGGCUGGGCCCUGGACAGUGCUGUUUCGCCUGCCGGGAGCCCACACCCAUGACAGGCUGCUCUCUGGACGACAACGGGGUUGAGUUUCCGAUCGGACAGAUCUGGUCUCCCGGUGACCCCUGUGAGUUAUGCAUCUGCCAGGCAGAUGGCUCAGUGAGCUGCAAGAGGACAGACUGCGUAGACUCCUGCCCUCACCCAAUUCGGAUCCCUGGACAGUGCUGCCCGGACUGUUCUGCAGGCUGUACCUACACAGGCAGAAUCUUCUACAACAACCAGACCUUCCCGUCCGUGCUGGACCCGUGUCUGAGCUGCAUCUGCCUGCUGGGCUCCGUGGCCUGCUCCCCUGUGGACUGCCCCAUCACCUGCACCUACCCUUUCCACCCUGAUGGGGAGUGCUGCCCGGUGUGCAGAGAUUGCAACUACGAGGGAAGGAAGGUGGUGAACGGCCAGGUGUUCACCUUGGAUGAUGAGCCCUGUACCCAGUGCACAUGCCAGCUGGGAGAGGUGAGCUGUGAGAAGGUCCCCUGCCCUCGGGCCUGCUCCGACCCCUCUGGGCCCCCCGGGGACUGCUGUCCCUCCUGCCCAGAUUUUAUUUAUUUGAGAGAGAGCGAGCACAAGCAGGGGGAGCGGCAGAGGGAGAGGGAGAAGCAGACUCCCCGCUGAGCAGAGAGCCCGAUGCGGGGGUCGAUCCCAGGACCCUGGGAUCAUGACCUGAGCCGAAGGUACACGCUUAACGACUGAGCCACCCAGGUGCCCCUGCUUUAUGUUUUUUAAACUUCCAGGAAGACAUUGAAUUUUUCUACUGAUUUGUGGCCUGGAUUUCCUCUUGGAUGAAAUACCUGUUUAACUCCUUUGGCCUUUUGAAGAGGAUCCUCCAUAUUUAGGGUCGCUCUUUAGGUCCGUGGCUGAAGAAGAGCUGCCGUCAGGACUGGGGGGGCUGGAAGCAUCCUGAGCCCCUAUAGCCCUGUUUUGAGAACCAUCGAGCACUUUGUAGAUCUUGCUUCACUUAACCCGCCACAGACUCCUCAGCAAGCCGAUGGUGAUUAUUCCCCCUGAUUAGUCCAGAGACUAAUCGUUAGCUAAGAUGCCAGGCCGCGUGUGGAGCGUGUGACCCGUGUUACCUCAGCUGUGAUUAUAUCUCCAUUUUGCAGAUGGGCAAAUGGAGGCUCAGAGAUGUUAGGUUUCUGUCUUAAGGCUGCACUCUAGCUGGCGGCGCUGGGCUCAAGCCCAGGUCUCUCUGAUUCCUUCCCCUGUGCUCUGCUGCUUCCAGAUGGGGAAACAGAGGCCCAGGGAGGUGAGGUGCAGAGCCGGGCCCCUUCUCCUGGAACACACUGCUUUGGCUACGUUCGCACGCGCCUCUUCCUAACAAGAGCGCCAUAGAAGGAGAAAGCACUUUUUGUUGCACUAGAAUAUGAAUUGUUUCCUUUUGAUAAUUCAUAAAAGUCACAGUUUUCCUGAGGUAUAGAUCACAUCCCGUACAAUUCACAUGCUCAAAGUAUACAAUCCGAUGCCUUCAGGCAGGUUCAGAGUUGUGUGACCGUCCUAUAGGUGAUUUUUAAAAUACAGUCCAUUCCAGAUUUUCCGGGCUUGACAGCAUCUGUCUCUUCCUGAUCAUAUACCUUUCUCCAACACUCUUCCUUCUUGUGCUUCUUCCCGCCCCAUGUUCUCUGUGCCUAGCCUCUUCCUCUGCUUGUUCUCCUCCCAUAUAUCAAGCCCUUAUGAUGUGCCAGGCUCCAGGCUGAGACUUAAAAGAAAUUAUUUUUUUCAAUAGACUUUAUUUUUUUUGAGCAGUUUUCGGUUCCCAGCAAAAGUGAGUGAAGGCAGAGCCUCCCCAACUAACAACAGCCUACGCCAGAUGGGACAUUUGUUACAAUCCGUGAGCCUCCCGCACUGGCACAGGAUUAUCAGCCCAAGUCCGUGGUUAACAUCCGGGUUUGGGCUGGGAUUUCCCGCGCGCACCAUUCAGUCAGUGCUCAGAGUGGCCCUGUGAGUUGUUAGGAUGCCCAUUUUACAGAUGAGGACGCAGAAGCCCAGCGGAGUUAUGCGCCUCAUACAAGGUCACACAGCCAAGGCCUGGCAGAGUGACUUUGGCGGACUGCUUCCCUCUGCUCAU